AUGGCAUUUUUUGCUACUGGCCGUUUCAGGUCUCCCCCUCAAAGGUCCUACACAGAAUACUCUCCUAGAACCUCGAGCAAUGAUUAUGCUACCAGUCAGAGCAACAAAGCUCCAUUAUUUGCUGGUCCACAUGUAAAGCCCCGGUCGAACUUGAACGGCGCGGCAUUCAAUCAUUCUUCUAGUUCUCCUUCACCGAUAGACAGUAAACUUCACAUCACAAAAUUGCAUCCUCGCAAACUCCUCCAACGCUCUAGCUCUUCGCCCGCCCCGUUGCCACCAACUGUCAGUCCGACCGCUGCUCGCGCGGUUGUGCCCCAAUCUAAUCCCCCUGAGUUAGAAGAAACUAUCUCCACAACUAUUAAUUACAAGGUCUGCAAUGAUAUUAUUGCUGCAAUUCUAGGAAAAGCCAAACGAAAAGAUAGGCAGGAAUUUACCUAUGAGUCUGACUUAGAUCGCAAUUAUAUCAUUGCAGAAAUCAAUAAAAUUGAUCAUCCACCUACCCAUGUUACCUGCUUUUCAGACUUGAAGAAAAUGAUAAUCACUGUCCCAUCCGAUGUCCACGAGGCACCUCUCAACUCUAUAUCUCAUGCACUGUCUAGAGCCAUCGAUUCCAUAGGCCAUGACCCGUUUGACGUUCAAGUGUUCGUAACACCAAAUACACAAUUCAAAGGACCAACAAUAUCUGGGUAUCCAGAUCUACACGUUCGCAUCGAAACCCCAAUGACGCAUAGCGCCCCUCGAACUGUAUGGAUCACUGAAUGUGGCUUCACACAGUCUCGGAAUGACAUAAUCCGGAAAUUCGAGCGGUAUAUUCGUGACUGUCCUAGUCUUGUUGCUUUGACGUUAAUCGACAUACAAGAAGAUCGUCCCUUCUCGAAUCCACGUAAUAAUCAACCGAUCGCUCAUCAACUACGCUCCCAACCCGUGCUAUCUUAUGAACAUUGGGCGCCUGAUACCCCUAGAGAAGAUUCGUUCCACCCCAUUGUAUAUUUUGGCCAUACCUUCAUUUCGGUAUCGGGUAUCACAGUUUGCACCUGGAUUCGUGGACCUGGUGGUAGGAUCUCUCUCGAAGACUUCAGUAAAGAGCUCUAUGCUGAAGGCACCUUGCAUCCCCGCAUGCGGACCAAAGCAAUCAAUGCCAUUCUUCAGAGUGCUCUCAAGUUAGUCAGAGAUAGCAUUGUUGAUGUCAUAGUGACGAAUGAUCUCGCUACCGAAGAUAAUGCUGAAAGUAAUACUGGUGACAGUAGCAGUGAAGAAAGUAGCGUUGGUGACAGUAACAAUGGUGAAAAUACCAGCGAUCGAUCUGAGGGGAGCAGUGGAAGCACCGGUGAAGAAGUCGUCGAAAGUAACGAGGACGCAGAAGGUAGCGAUGACUCGGAAAGUGGCGAAGAAGGUGGCGAAGGUAACGACCUGUCAGAAAUUUGCAGCUGGACACCUCCAUCCCGCGUCAUUAGGUGGGAAAUUGUCAAGUGUGCUGUCAUCAGUGGGAUAUGGAACACUGCCUAUAAUCACUACCAAGACUGGCAUGAGACUCUACAUGAUCGCUUUCCUCAGGACGACAAUUUCAAUGCUAGUAAGAAACCCAGACCUUCUGGACCAGAUCCUGAGGGGUCGAUGAUUUACGACAAGUUGCGAUUACAUGCCGAGAUACGAUUUCCGAUCAAGAAAGUCCAGAAAACAAGCGACAAUAUAUUUCUUUGGAUUCAAGCUAUCCUUGGGGGAAUACCAUUAGGCGGUGGAGAUAGUCAGUCUCAUUAUGAGGUAUCUACCGUAUUUCAUCAUAUUUCUCGUAUAGCCACAGCCGUUGUAGAAGUUGCGAUAGUGAAGAAGAGUGGUGCCCAAGCGAAGCAUGGUUUGGAGCUGUCUGUCGAUCACUUGAUAUUUGUGCUCGUACUUUUAACAAUUACUCAAGUACUCAAGGUCCUUGCUCAACAUGGAAUUAGUACAUUCAAUGAUCUGCUUAGGCAGGACCCGAUGAGAAUUGAUAUACUUCUCAACCGUCGAGCUCCUUGUGGUUUUGAAGUUCUUGCUUCAGCUCGUCAACUUCCAAAAUAUUAUGUUAGAGUCACCAAAACCAAUGUCACCCCAAGUAACGGAAAGGACCCCGUUGAAAUCAAACUAUCAAUACAAUGCACGAAAGCCCUGGGGGAGCCCAAGACAUUCCCGAUCAACGCUCAAUUGACUAAACCCGACCAAUUGAUAUUUGUUUACGUCUCGCCGGACAAGAUUGCUGGACUUACCAUAGCACAGAUUUAUAAACCCAAGCUCCAAGCGCAUCAAUAUCCGACACUAGACACUCGGCCUCCCAGUUCUUUGGAAAUGGAUCUCGCAGGACUGGAAGACGAUCCUGACUUCUGGAAUAUGGACUUUGCCGAUGAGGACGAGGAAACUGUAUUCGUGAAAGAUCCGACGAAAACUCUUGAAACAAAAGCCACUCGUGAAAGCGAAAAAUUACACUUCGCCGUGGGAAGAUGGACUUGUCGUUACCAUUGUUUAGAUGCAAACAUAUCUGCAAGGACAAAUCGUCAUGCCGCCAUCUUUGCUGCCGAGAAGGAUUAUCUAAGCCUUCUCAAGUGCCUAAAAAGCGACUUCAGCCAAACACCGAGUACCCCAAGGAAUAUAACCAGGACCUUGGAUCUUCGUCCCAAAGAAAGGCAAGGCAUGCUGGAUGACGUCCCAAAAGUCAAACGAAACAAAACAACCAAUGGGUCUGACUCUGCACUGAAUACUCUGCAUAAAGGCGUAGGUACCGAACGCAAUCAAAAACCACCAGAAGGCCACCGUCUCAAACUAGCUAAUAUAUCUUCCGGAGACGUCUCGCAGCAGAAAACGCGAGUAACCCCCAACUUCGACCUAGAAUUCAUCCAUGCUACUCGCCAAAUCAAAAAAUCGAUAUCCAUAUCUUCGGAAACCAGCUAUUCAAGUUCGGAAACAGAUUCUCUUAUUCGCAAUCUGCCUUUGGAGUUCUUCGAGCCGUCUAUUUCCCACUAUCAACGAACUAUGUCUCAGAAGGCAGGCCACCAUAGAGACAAUUCCGGAUCGCCUAUCAAUGGCCGUUAUGAAGCAGCAAAUGAGUGUCCCCCGACAAAGAAGCCAAGAUUUGAUGUAGGGGGCGGGUAUCGUCUUGUCACGCCCUCUGGCUUGCUCGAUGAAAAGAAAACAGGAUUCUCGGGCUCGCCUGCUAAGGUCCAGACAGAAGAACGACAAUCUUUAUCAGAUAUAUCUGAACAGGAUGACACGGUCGAUGAAGAUACCCCUCGAGGGUACACUUUGGAGAACGCCGCACGCGAACAGGCAACAGAUACGAAAGCUACUUUGACGUUCUGCGAACUACUUCGAGUUUAA